CAAUCGAAAUCCUUCGAGCCUUUUGUCUCCGUAUCCGAUUGAAGAGACUUAGUUGUUUUCCUACAUCCGUGAAUUGAACAUUUUCAUGCAUGGAUCACGUAGGGCAAGUCAAGCGCGGCACCAACCCCAGGGAGAAGGCAAACGUCUUCUCCCUAUUAACCUUCACGUACACCGGUCCUUUGUUCACUCGCUCCCUAAAAAAGGACUUGGAAGAGGACGACGUGUAUGACGUGAUAAAACCAUGUCAAGCGAAGAAGAACGGGGACAAGUUCGAGCGGGUGUGGCGCACCAGACGAGAGCAAGGUAAAACCGCCCUUUUCCCCGUCCUAUGGACCGUUUUUGGGUGGAAUUAUUUGCUUCUGGGACUCACCAACCUCAUCUGGAAGCUCCUUAUCAGUAUACUGGAACCGCAAGCCAUUUCCAAACUGGUCUCCUACUUCAACCCGAGACAAACCACCAUCACGUUCGAGGAGGCGGUGUUCUACGCGUGCGUGAAGAUCGGAUUGCGAGUGAUUCACGGACUCUACGUGCAAAACUACGUGCUCUACGUGCAGCACUUGGCGAUCAAGUUGCGCACCUCCUUCUGCUCGCUCGUAUACCGGAAAUCGUUGAAACUAACCCCGGCCGCCCUAAACGAGAUCAGCCUCGGUAACGUUAUCACGGUGAUCACCAAGGACGUGAUGGUGUUCGAGCACAACAUGAUGAUGUUCAACGACAUGUGGGUCGAACUGAUCAAACUUGUCGUCGUUUGUUACUUGAUCUACAAUAAAAUGGGCUGGACCGGUUUCGUUGGGGUGGCCGUCAUGUUUGUCAUCGUGCCUGCUCAAAUUUGGGUGGCGAAAUGCAUCAAAAACCUAAGACUGGACCUCUCCCAAAAGACCGAUCAGCGUCUGCAGACCACCCAAGAGACCUUAUCGGCAAUCAAGAUCAUCAAGAUGUACACCUGGGAGAAAGUAUUUUCCGCCAAAGUAGAAGAGAGACGAAGACUGGAAAUGACUUAUUUGAUGAAAGCCUUCUAUCUACGAUCAGCCAACUUUAUCUUGGGCAUGCUGACCUCCAAGGUGGGCUUCUACGUGCUGAUCAUGACCUACAUAGCGGUCAACGGUACCAUCGAUGCGGACGUGGUAUUUUACGUGAUGAAAUGCUUCGGAGACAUCAGGGGUUCGGUCACCAUGCUGAUCCCCUUGGGGUUAGGUCGGGGGGCGGAACUCUACGCGUCCUAUCAGCGCAUCAACAAAAUCCUCAAAUGCGAAGAGUUGGACGAGAAGCACAACGACGACUACGACAAACCGAAAGUGGUGCUGAAAAACGCCACCGUACGCAUCAAAGAGCAAACGAUCCUUAGCGAUAUCAGCAUGAAGUUGAAGCGUGGAUUAACAAUCGUGUCUGGACCGCUUGGUUGCGGCAAGAGUUCCUUGCUAAAGCUUUUCUUAAAAGACUUUCCAGUGACAGAGGGCAAAGUGUAUAUGCGAGGGUCAUUUUCGUACAGCUCCCAGGACCCUUGGCUGUUCCCUUCGUCUAUUAAGCAAAACAUCACCUUUGGACAACCCUAUGACGAAACCAGGUACAAGGAGGUGGUGAAGGUGUGCGCCCUGCAGUACGACUUCGAUUUGUUCGAGAAGGGGGAUGAAACCAUCGUGGCCGACCGAGGGAUUAACCUCAGCGGGGGCCAACAGGCCAGGGUGAACCUCGCCAGGGCGAUUUACAAGAAAAGUGAAAUUUAUUUGCUCGAUGAUCCGUUGCACGCCCUGGACCCUAACGUUCAGGAUUAUAUAUUCCAAAAUUGCAUCCAGGGCUUUUUGAAGGACAAAAUUGUGGUGUUGGUGACCCAUAACUUGAGGCACAAAAACUGUGCUGACCACUUGAUAUUACUGAAUAAUGGUCAGAUCCAAUAUGAAGGCAGACCGACUGAAGUUAAGGUGGAUUUGGUCAAGGAAGUUACAGCCGAACAGAAGCAGGAACAUGAGGAAGAACAAGAGGAGGAGGAUGAAGAGAUCAAUGAAAAAACCAAGAUGCUUAAGCAAGAGCCUUCUAAAAAAAAAGUUUACAGCGAGGUCAAGAAGACUGGCAAGGUGGACCUCACUGUAUAUAAGAAAUACUUCUCGUUCGGGGGAGGGUUCUUCAUGUUUUUAGCCAUAAGUUCUUUGUUUAUUGGCGCAGAAUUUUCCGAUAGUUACUCGGCCAAGCUCCUAACGAACUGGAUUAAAUUUGAACAAAAUGUGACCAACAUGAAAGCCUAUCCUGCAGAAAUGUCUAAGGAAACCAACGAAUCGCUCGUGCAGCUCGAGAGUCAAGCGGAUACGACCCUAAAGAUCUACAGCGCCAUGAUAUUCGGUUCCGUGCUGCUCGACCUAAUCAAACAGGGCCUGUUCAUCAAUUUCGCCAGGAAAGCCUCCAUUAACUUGCACAACGAAAUGAUCGAAAAACUCACCACUGGAUCGAUGAGUUUCUUUGACAACUACUUCAUCGGGAACAUCCUCAACAGGUUUUCACAAGACUUAACGAAAAUUGAUGAGCAUUUGCCGCACACAAUUAACCAUUUGACUAGGGUUGUACUAGCUGUUGCUGGGGUGGUUGGUCUAGUCACUUCGGUCAGUUGGACUUUCUUGAUACCCGCAACGAUUUUGGUGACUUUGAUGAUUAUCAUGCAAAGACUCUACAUACCCGCCGCAAGAAGUUUGAAAAGACUGGAGUCUGCAACUCGUAGCCCGCUAAUUGGUCAUUUGAACGCCACCAUGGAGGGCAUAACCACCGUAAGGGCGUUCAAACUGGAAAAACUCCUCACGGAAGAGUUCGACCGUCACCAAGAUCUCUACACCUCCGCCCAUUACAUGUCGUUCUGCGUAAGGCGAGCCUUCGAUUUCUUCAUGGAAAUCCUCUCCACGAUAUUCGUAUCGACCGUGAUCGGGAAAUUGUUGUUUUUCAACUCGGGGGAACCGGGUGCGGACGUCGGUCUGGCCAUCACCAAAGCAUCCCAGCUCGCCCUGUUGGUCCAGUGGGCCCUGAUGCAAUUAUCCGACUUGGAAAACAACAUGACGUCGGUGGAGAGGGUGUUGGAGUACACGGAGGUGCCGCAGGACGAUUACGAGGGCGAAACGACCCCCAACUGGCCGUCCAAGGGGGCGAUCAGUUACAAGGCGGUCACGCUCACUUACAAGGCGGAACAGGUCUUGAGGGGCGUCAGCUUCGACAUAUUGCCCAGGCAAAAGAUCGGAAUCGUCGGACGGACUGGGGCGGGUAAAUCGUCCCUGAUCUCGACCCUGUUUAGGUUGUACAAUUUUGACGGGACCAUUACUAUUGACGGGGUUGACACCAAGAGGGUGGCCCUCAGUUACUUGCGGAACCACAUUUCGAUCAUUCCGCAAGAGCCGCUACUGUUCCAAGGUACCAUACGAGAAAACAUCGAUCCGUACGACCGAUACAGCGACGACGAGAUCUGGGACACCCUGGAAAAGGUGCAUAUGCGCGAUCACAUCCACAAUCUGGACCUGAAGAUCACCGAUCACGGAUCGAAUUUUUCUACGGGGCAACGGCAGUUGAUCUGUUUGGCCCGGGUGAUCAUUAAACGGAACAAGAUCGUCGUUCUGGACGAGGCGACCGCCAACAUGGACCCGGAAACGGAAAUACUGGCCCAGCAAGCGAUCGAGAAGCAUUUCGACGAUAGCACGGUGCUGAUUAUCGCGCAUCGGUUGCAGGCGGUGUUGCAGUGCGAUAAAAUUAUCGUCAUGGACAAGGGACGGAUCGUCGAGUUUGACGAUCCGCACAUUUUACUUGCGAAUAAACAGAGUCACUUUAGUAAGAUGUUAGCCAUCGAUAGUGCACAGACUUUUAAUAUAUGAGUUAGUUAAUGGUA